AGCUGCGGGUUGGUUCGCUCCCUGCUCGCCGUCAUGCCUUGAGUUCCUCGAGAUUACGCUGCGUGAACGAGAACACGCAGCAGGAGGUUCUGUCGGUUCGCUCGUCGUUCUUCGGGACAAGGUGUCGGAGAUCUGAACUGGACCGAAUCACCCACAGCGAGGGCUGUUGUGUUAGUUGUGCCGAACCCGGUGUUACCGGCGGCUAACCCUGGUGAGGUCGGAGGGGGGGAACCAUACUGAGCUCCACUGAGAAAUGAUCCUGAAGCUGAGCUGCUGCAGAAGACUUUGAGCCCGGCUUGUUUGGAGGGUUAGCCGAACCUCAGCCGCGUUGCUGCAGAAAUGCUGGCUGGUACCAGGAAACGACACCGUAGCUCUGACAGCGUUGACGACCAGCAGCUGCCACCUCAGGCCAAGAGGUCAGGAGGAGGUCCCUGCCUGCUUGUGUCAGACCUGGACUCUGAGUCUUCCAGCAGCGACAGCAGCAAUGGAAUCAGCAGUCCAGAAAGGGCAAUAGAAUCCAGCACCAGGCCGAGCGCUCUCCUCCAGAAAUACUGCAUAAGACCGGAGCAAGAAGACUCUGCCAGCUCCUUGCAGCACCGUCUCCAUGGCCAUGGGCAAAGCGCCUCCUACGACUACAUCAACAGAGUUCUGCGGGAGGCGCACUUCAGCAGCCUCCAAACCAGAGGGUGUCCAGGCUCAACGUGACCCUGACCUCUUCUGUCGUCUUCUAGUGCCGACGCUGAAGCCUUCGAUGCGAUUGCAGCAUCCUGAAAGGGGUGGGUGGUUGAGGGUGACGAGCUCCUCGGCUCAUCCUCACCUCACCUGUUAUCGUUUGUUGAGACCAUAAGCACAUUCGCCUUUCCAUGGCCUAGCCACUGUGGGGUUUUCCUGUGUUGUGUUGACAUGUGUGUGUGUACGCACCCUGUGCACUUUAAAAAGUAUCAUUCUUUUUACAUGUGGACAUUUUCAUUGGUGCUAAUGACAGCAAAAGUGUGAUGAUGCUUGUGAAUUUAAAUAAAGGUAUGCACUUUA